AUGGAGGAAGUUGUAAGGACAACCUCAACUGUUUCGGCGGGCGUUGAUGGCCGCAAGAAGAGCAAGGUCGCCAUCGAUGACCAUGCUGUUACUGGUGCUGGACACAUUACCACUCGCGAAUCCAUCGUUCCUGUUGCCCUUGUCACAAUCCUCUUCUUCAUGUGGGGUUUCGCAUAUGGUCUUCUGGAUGUUCUCAAUGCCCACUUCCAGACUGCUUUGAACAUCUCUCAAGGUCAAUCUGGUGGUCUGCAGGCUGCAUACUUUGGUGCAUACUUUAUCGGCCCUCUCACAUACUCCGGCUGGGUCGUUCGUAAGUUUGGUUACAGAUGGGCUUUUAUCACCGGUCUCUGCAUUUAUGGCGUGGGUGCGCUCAUGUUCUGGCCUUCCGGUGUCAAGCGAUCCUUCGUUGGAUUCUGCCUGAGCAUGUUCAUCGUCGGCAGCGGACUUUCCACACUCGAAACAGCAGCCAAUCCUUUCAUCGCCACCUGCGGUCCUCCAAAGUACUCCGAGCUUCGUCUCACUUUGGCACAAUCCUUCCAAGCAGUCGGAACCGUCGUCGCUCCCGUCCUCGCCUCGCAAGUCAUCUUCAAGAAAGUUGACGACACUUCCCUGACCUCCGUCCAAUGGGUGUACCUCGGCAUCGCCAUCUUCGUCUUCCUUCUCGCAAUCGUCUUCUUCUUCGUCCACCUCCCUGAAGUCACCGAUGCCGACAUGGCUGAACAAGCCGCACUCUCUGCCCAAGAUACCGAUUUUGAGGAUAAGCCGCUCAGACAGCAGUAUACCCUUUUCUUCGGAUGUCUGGCACAGUGGUGUUAUGUGGGCGCUCAAGUUGCGUAUGCUGGAUACUUUAUCAAUUACGUAUCUUGGGUUCGUCCUGGCACCACGCACGCAACUGGCGCAAACCUCCUCGCUGGUGCGCAGGGUUGUUUCGCUGUUGGGCGUUUCAUCGCAAGUGGUAUGCUCAAAUUCGUCAAGCCCCGCCUCGUGCUCAUGGGUUUCUUAACUGGUGUCGUCGUCUUCGCUUGUCUUGUUAUCGGCUUAAAGGGCAACGGCGGUGUCGCAGCUAUCUUCCUAGUGCUGUUCUUUGAGUCAUGCGUCUUCCCUCUGAUAUUCACCCUCUCCCUCCGUGGUCUCGGACGACACAGCAAACGUGGUGCUUCGUUUAUCGUAGCUUCGGUUUCCGGCGGCGCGUUGUUUCCACCAGUUCUCGGUGCUGUUGCCGAUGCUCUCGGUGGAAAUACCCAGAAGGCGUUCUUCAUCCCGUUGAUUGGCUUUGCUAUCGCUAUCACCUUCCCUAUCUACCUCAACAUCUUCAAGAGGAAGACUCUUGAUGGGUGGACUGAGAAGGUUAAGGUCGGAAUUGAGGAGCCAACCAAGGAUAUUGAGUCUGGAUCCAUCAGUGAGAAGACGGGUACUUCUCACAUGGAGAAGUUGUAA